UCAAAUCUCGGUUGAGCAGCACUCUCUCCGCAGCCGCCUCCUCCUUUACUACAAGAAGCGCGCACUAGUGGAUCACUCACCGAUCUAGCGCGAUGCGAGCGGAUGCUGCGAGUUUCGAUUAAACGAACGGAGGGCUAAUACUCACAUCAUUACUAUCAUCAGUUUCUGUUCACUGGGAUACGUCCAGGAUGACCCUUAUCCUCUGCAACGCCUGUCUCAUUUUGCCUGUUGCUCUACAUUUGCUUCUUGUGCCCAGUCCAUGUUCUUCUGCAGUCACUAGGAGGUGUGGCUCCAUCUAUAAAGGGUUUGCCCAGUGUCUGCUCACCCUGGGAGACAGUCUCUCUGUCAGUGCCCAAAAAGAUGAGGAUACGCAGGAGAUUGACUCUAUUUGCAAAUCCUGGGAUGAUUUUCAUGACUGUGCAAAUGUGGCCAUGGCUGGAUGCCCGGACGAGGCUGCUGCAGUGUGGGAGUCUCUGAGACAAGAGUCCAAAAAGAUGCAAUUUUCUGGAAACCUGUAUGAGAUGUGCUCCAGUCGUAGCCAAUCGGCAGCUGCCUCUGAUUCCCAAAGCCCAGAUGAGACCAAUCAGGAAUCGCUAAAGGGACGUGCCAGUCCCUUUAAAAGUGUGACUCUGUGCACUUUUCUGGCCUUUUCUUUGCCUGUACUACUAAUGUUUCACUGGAUAUGAUCACAUCUAUCUGCUUUCUCAACAAGACUCACCAUAGAAUUCAAAUGUGCAGGACAUUGACAAAGAUAUUGACUGGUUUUGUUCUGACAUUUCCAUAAAGAUCUCAUCGAUAAUAAGAUUCAUUCUAUGCUUCAAAUCAAACUUUUCAAAGCAAAAAGAAUGUCAUUUUCACACAGCAGACAUUACGCAGACAAACACAUGUUUUCAGGUGCAAAAGCUUACACUCAAGUACAAAAAAAUCUUCUGCUAAAAAUGACUAAAUUAAUUUUAAGUACUAGAAGGGCACAAUUCAAAUAGAGGAAAUUAAAUUCAUUAGGAGGACCAAAAUGCAGCUUCAGGCCUGAUGAGGACAAAUCAAAGAGCUGAAAAUGCUGAACGACAUUUAACAAAACAUUCAAACCCCUUCAUCUAAGAGAAAAUUAAAUGAGAAUACUACAGUAGAGUUCCACUUGGUGAGCUAUGAGUAUCAAAGCAAUGUAAAGAGCCCUCAAAAAGUUUUAUUAUUUCACUCUGUAGUGUAAUCUUCUUUUGUAGGCCCCUGAGAGGAUUAAGUUUAAGGAUUACUCCAAAUUAAAGUAAAUCUAAGCAACACAGCUCACCUACAGGCUAUUCUUGGGAAAAGACUUGUCAGACUUUGUAGCAUGUAGUCUGAAUGAUGGUUUAAAACCUCAAUUUCUUAAUGACGUGUUCAUUAAUUCAGGUUAAAGGAAUAAUUCACCCAAAAAUGAAAAUCAUGUCAUCAUUUACUCACCUUUAUGCUGUUCCAAACCUGUUUGACUUACUUUCUUCUCUAUAACACAAUAUUUAGCAGAAUAUUCAAAAAAAGAAAUGUAUGUGGUUUUGGAACGACAUGAGAGUGGGUAAAUUACAAGAGAAUUUUCAUUUUUGGGUGAACUUUAUCUUUAACAAAUAGCACAGCAUUAUGCUUAAAGGUGUAUUCGUACUAGUCUGUAUCAGCAUGGAACUGGUAUUCAUUUGAUGUUGGUCUAUGUA